CCCGCGCGAGCUCCGCCCCGCCCCGCGGCGCCGCGCACGCCGGUCCCGGCGACCCCCACGCAUCGAGUCAGGGAGAGGCGUUUGGAGUCCGGUCCGGAACCGCGGAGCGUGGCCCCUCCCUCCUUCCCGGCGCCGCGUGCCGGGGGCGCCAUGGAUCCCGGUGCGGUUGCGGAUGCCGUGGAGACGGGAGAGGAGGACGUAAUUAUGGAGGCUCUGCGCACGUACAACCUGGAGAAUUCCCAGAGCUUCACGUUUGAGGACGCCCAACAGGAGGACAGGAAGAGGCUGGCGGAGCUGCUGGUUUUGGGCCUGGAGCAGGGCUUGCCGCUCUCCCGCCGCGUCACCUGGCUGCAGAGCAUCCGCAUCCUGUCCAGGGACCGCAGCUGCCUGGACCCCUUCACCAGCCGCCAGAGCCUGCAGGCACUGGCCUGCUAUGCUGGCAUCUCCGGCUCCGCGGGGUUAGCUCCUAAGGCCCUGAACAUGGACAUUGUCCUCGAGGCCCUCAAGUGCCUGUGCAACCUGGUGCUCAGCAGCCCGGAGGCACAGGUGCUGGCAGCAGAGGCCCGCCUGGUGGUGAGCCUGGCGGAGCGCGUGGGGCUGCACGGGGAGAGCGGCGUCCCGCACGACGUCCAGUUCUUUGACUUGCGCCUCCUCUUCCUGUUGACGGCGCUGCGUGCCGACGUUCGCCAGCAGCUGUUUCAGGAGCUGCAGGGUGUGCGUCUACUGACAGAGGCGCUGGAGCUGACGCUGGGGGUGACCCCCAAAGACAGCACCCCGAGGUCUCUUCCUCCCCAGGAGACAGAGCGGGCCAUGGAGAUCCUCAAGGUGCUUUUCAACAUCACGUUCGACUCUGUUAAGAGGGAGGUGGACCAGGAAGAUGCUGCCCUUUACCGGCACCUGGGGACCCUCCUGCGGCACUGUGUGAUGGUGGCUGCUGCUGGAGACCGCACGGAGGAGUUCCAUGGCCACACAGUGAACCUCUUGGGGAACUUGCCCCUCCAGUGUCUGGAUGUCCUCCUCACCCUGGAACCGCAGGAAGGGUCCCUGGAGUUCCUGGGCGUGAACAUGGAUGUGAUCCGUGUCCUCCUCAGCUUCCUGGAGAAGCGUCUGCACCAGACGCACAGGCUGAAGGAGCGCGUGGCCCCCGUGCUGAGCGUGCUGACUGAGUGUGCCCGCCUGCACCGCCCCGCCCGCAAGUUCCUGAAGGCCCAGGUGCUGCCCCCGCUGAGGGACGUGAGGACGCGGCCGGAGGUGGGCGAGCUGCUGCGGAACAAGCUGGUGCGCCUCAUGACCCACCUGGACACCGACGUGAAGAGGGUGGCGGCCGAGUUCCUGUUCGUCCUCUGCUCCGAGAGCGUGCCCCGCUUCGUCAAGUACACGGGCUACGGAAACGCCGCUGGCCUCCUGGCUGCCCGGGGCCUCAUGGCAGGGGGCCGGCCUCCAGGCCAGUACUCGGAGGACGAGGACACGGACACAGACGAGUACAAAGAAGCCAAGGCCAGCAUAAACCCAGUGACCGGGAGGGUGGAAGAGAAGCCGCCCAACCCCAUGGCGGGCAUGACGGACGAGCAGAAGGAGCACGAGGCCAUGAGGCUGGUGAACAUGCUUGACAAGCUCUCCAGGCACAGAGUCAUCCAGCCCAUGGGCAUGAGUCCCCGGGGACAGCUUACAUCCCUGCAGGACGCUGUGUGCGAGAGCCUGCAGGGGCAGGUCUGCUCGGACUCCGACUCGGACCCCGACUGAGGACAGCCACACUUCUGCUGCCCCUUCAGCACCGGUGCUGUCCAUGGUGCCAUGACCUGGGCACCACAGCCCCCUCCAGCUUGGAGACCCUUUCUCUUUGUCCCAAAAUUUUGUUCAUGAUUCCCUCUGGUCCAAUUUCUUGUCUCGGGGACUGCGAGGGUCUUUCCUGCUAUCACUCUGGGAACUCGGCCUGAAGUCCCACAAAUGAAGUAGUUGCUUUGAUGUGAGCUGCCGCCUGAGGGCGGGCCUUAGUGGGACUCAAGUGAGCAUGUGUGCACACAGGUGCAGGCCCACACAUGCAUGGUUGUCACGCUGGCCCAGAGCCAGCUGGUCGGGCAAGCGCUGCACUUCUGGGGUAGAAGCUGCUGGGACUUCCCAUGCUGCUGUGAGAAACACAAGUUGUGUGCUGCCCCCACGGAGCUCAGGGCCGGAAUCCUCACGUGAUGUGACGGGUGAAAAGGCGUCAGUGCACCCGUAGCCCUGUAUUUAUCACAUCCCACAAGGCGGCAUGGAGACACCGUCCUGUGGCAGCUUUGGGCAGCAGUGUGUGUGAAUGUGUGUAAGGUACCAAGUAAAGCACGUGAGGAAGUGGGA